GCCGGAAGUGGCUGCAGCCGCGUGGUGGUGGAAGAGGAGAAGGACAAAAUGGGGCGGCCGAGCAAAAGUAAGAACCAGAAGAAGCAGCGCUCGGCGGCGCGGCUGCGGGCGGAGGAGGACUUUGGGGCCGUCCCCCAUUCCUUCGUGUUCCACCGCGGGCGCGUGGGGCGCAACGUGAGGCAGCUGAGCAUGGAUCUGAGGAGGGUGAUGGAGCCGUACACUGCCAGGGCGCUCAAGGUACGGAAGAAGAAUUCUCUGCGGGACUUUGUGGGCGUUGCGGGGCCGUUGGGGGUCACCCAUUUCUUUGUGUUCAGCAAAACCCCCAACGGGGUCAACAUGAAGCUGUUCCGGCUGCCUGGCGGCCCCACGCUGACAUUCAAAGUAACAGAGUACUCCCUGAUCCGCGAUGUGGUUUCUGCUCUGCGGCGGCACCGAAUGCACGAGCAGCAGUUCCUGCACCCCCCCCUGUUGGUGCUCAGCAACUUCGGGCUGCCCCACAUCCACCUCAGGGCCACCGCCGCCGCCCUGCAGAGCGCACUGCCCCCCAUCAACGUGCACAGGGUGAACCUGAACACCAUUAAGCGCUGCCUCCUCGUCAGCUACGACUCCGACACGCAGCUGCUCCACCUGCGCCAUUACAGCGUCAAAGUGGUCCCCGUGGGGCUGAGCAGAGGCCUCAAAAAGCUCCUGCAGGAGAAAUUCCCCAACAUGAACCGCAUGGAGGACAUCAGUGAGCUGCUGCUGCAGGACGUGAAGCUCUCGGAGAGCGAAGCAGAGCCUGACGGGACCCACAACAUCCUGCAGCUGCCCCACAGCUGUGCGGGGAGGGGGAACAUGAAGGAGCAGCAGAGCGCUGUCAGACUGACUGAGAUCGGUCCCCGUCUGACGCUGCAGUUGGUGAAGGUGGAGGAGGGGUUGGCGCAGGGGGAGGUGCUGUACCACAGCUUCGUGCAGAAAUCAGAGGCGGAGCUGCGGGAGCUGCUGGAAAGGAGGGAGGCGAAGCUGAGGCUGAAGGAGGAGCGGAGGCGGCUGCAGGAGGAGGCGGUGCAGCAGAAACGGCGGCGGAGGGAGGAGCAGAGGCAGCGCAGUUUGGCCGGGAUGCGGAAGCGGCGCUGCGGUGCCGAUGGGGACCCCGAAGCUGAGGAUCCCGGAGGGAGCGAAAACGCGGAGGCGGAAUCGGAGCUGAGCGACGCUGAGAUCUACAGGAGAGAAGUGGGGAGGGAACCGGAACCAGAUCUGUUCCCAAAAAGGACCCGAAGCCCUCCAGGUUCGGCCCCACUGCGGAAACGGCGGCGCCGCGACCCACAUGAAGGGCACCGGACCCCAAAUGUGCCCCAUAGGGAUCAGGGGAAGAAGAGUGGGACCCCAAAAAAGAGGGGGACCCCAAAUCUGCGCCCUAUGGGGCAGAGGAAGAAGGGUGGGACCCCAAAGAAGGAUGGGACCCCAAGGAAUGGGACCCCAAAUCCUCACCCAAUGGGGCAGAGAAAGAAAGGUGGGACCCCAAAUGUGCCCCAUAGGGCUCAGGGGAAGAAAAGUGGGACCCCAAAAAAGAGGGGGACCCCAAAUCCUCACUCUAUGGGGCAGGGAGAGAAAAGCGGGACCCCAAGGCAGAAUGGUACCCCAAAUCGUUCCCCUAUGGCAUCAGGAACCCCAAAUGUGCCCCAUAGGGUCGGGGGGAAGAAAAGGGGGACCCCAAAUGUGCCCCAUAGGGUCGGGGGGAAGAAAAGGGGGACCCCAAAUGUGCCGCAUAGGGUCGGGGGGAGGGCAGGCCGGGUGUUGGGGGGCAGUGCUGUGGGGCUGGGAAAGGGGAGGAGGAUUUUCAUGCGGCACAGAAAGAAGGGGGGGAGCUGAGAAGGGGGUUUUUGGGGGGGCGGUUUGGGGUGGAGGGAUUUGGGGUGGGGUUGUGGGGUGGGGGGGGAUUUGGGGGUCUCCUGGUGUUGUAUAAUAAGAGAAUGUGGUUUUGG